CUUCAGCUCAGCCUCACGUCUUCUUCACAUUGUCGGUCACAUCUCGACAAGCGCUAUUCACGGCUACAUCCGGCUUGCGAAAUGUCGAAAAUAUUCAACAGGUUCAAGAAAGGUCGGGCCGGUCGCGAUUCGAAUCUGCCCGCAACUCGCGGCGAGUCGUCCAAUGCAUCGUCCGCUCCGGCGCUGAGCCAAAAUAGCGCAGACCCGUCUACCCAUGCCCCAGCAUCUCAGCACCCUCAAUCGGCGGGGAAAAUCGGCCUGUUUGAGCUCGCAAAGGGAAAGCACGAUGACGAGAAAACAAUCGAUGUGGUCGCUGUCCAUGGGCUGCAGGGAGAUUUGUAUCAGACCUGGACACACGAGAAUGGCACCAUGUGGCUCGAAAGUAUACUGCCUGAUAAAAUUCCUUGUGCUCGCAUCAUGACAUUCGGCUACAAUUCAGCUAUUGCCUUUAGUAGCUCAGAAGCUAUGCUCGAGGACAAGUCUAUCGAACUCAUCAAUCGAUUAACCAUGAAGAGAUCUUCCAUCGAAAAUGGUUCCACGCGGCCUAUAGUCUUUGUCUGCCAUAGUCUGGGCGGCAUCUUGGUUAAAAGGGCACUUAUUCUCGCCCACGAACGUUCUUUGGACACACACUACAGGACUAUACUGGAUAACACGAAGGCUAUUGCCUUCUUAGGUGUUCCACAUCGGGGAGCUAAUGCCGCCUGGUGGGCUACUUUUGCAGCAAAUUCUUUGAAAGGCGCCACUCUAGGUAUGGUCACACAUACGGCUCUAGUCAAAGACCUCCAGAAAGCUUCUCCAACACUAGCCACCAUCUCGAAGCAAUUUGUCGACAGAGCAAAAUCUCUAAAGAUUUACACAUUCUACGAGACCCGAAAGCUGUCUGGGAUAGUGGUUGUUGAUAAGCCAUCAGCACUUCUAAAUCUUCCAAAUGAAAAGCUGUUCCCGGUAGAUGCCAACCAUAGAACCAUCUGCAAGAUAUCGUCCGCCGAGAGUCAGGAAUACGAGGCCGUGGGCGCCUGGAUUGAAGACCUAGUUCGCUCAGUUGCCACAAAUGCACCACACAACCUGCCACAAGUACCAUCAUCGUAUUUCGAAGUUCCUAAUCGCCGAGUUUCCCACUUCUUUGGACGAGAAGAUAUUGUAACCAAAAUCGACCAGGCCCUCUCCGUGAGUCCUGGCCCACAUGUCGUAGUCCUUCGAGGUAUAGGUGGCCAAGGCAAGAGUCAAGUAGCACUGGAAUACUGUCGUCAAAAGAAGGAUGGUCCGUCCCCCGAUAUUUUCUGGAUUGAUGCAACAAGCGAAAACUCUGUAACAAGCACUUUUAUCUCCAUCUCUGACCUCAUUCGCACCACGACCGAUCAGCUUCUUGAUAAUAAUGCUCGACUUGCCUUAGUUCGCCGGAAGUUUGCUAAUUGGCCGACCGAAUUGCUCCUGGUUUUCGACAACUAUGAUGAUCCUCACGAAUUCCCAAACAUCCAAGAUUACUUCCCACCAAAUAAGCUCAGUUCAAUAUUGGUUACUGGCAGACACGCAGAUAUCGGCACACUCGUUCUUGGUCAAGACGACAACCUCAUUGAACUGUCCGGCCUUGCAGACACCGCAGCCGUGGACCUGCUUGAGCACCACAGCCAAGUCAAAGAGACGAAUGGCAAAUUUGGCGAAGAGAUAGUAAAGAGGCUCGGGUAUCACCCACUCGCUAUAACGCAGGCCGGUACAUAUAUCAGAAAAGGAGGGAUUCCGCUGGGUGAAUUUAUGGAUAUAUACAAGCAAGAAAAGGCCGAGAUCUUGACCAACACCCCACAACUCUCUCAGUACCGAAGAAAGCUAGGAGAUGCCGAGAACGAAACAUCUUUGAAUGUUUUCACCACGUGGCAACUUUCGUUCCAGCAACUGCUGUCACAUGUGUCUGAAGAUAGUGUUGCGGUCAAGCUCUUAAGGCUUCUUGCGUUUUUCGACAACAAAGACAUUUCGGAGUGGAUUUUUAUCGAGUUUCACCGCAAUCCAGUCGUCAACAAGACAAAUGAACUCCUCCAAUGGGUCAAUCAAUUUACAGACAGUCAGCAACGUUGGAGCAAUCGCUUGUUUAAAAAGAACCUGGUCCUCCUGCAUGAUUUUUGUCUCCUCCAGUCAGUCGCUCAAGAUGCAGAUGAGUACAGUCACGCAUCAUUGCACCCUCUUGUUAAAGACUGGAUACAUCUACAAAUGGGACAGUCUGCAUGCCAACAGUAUGCCCUUAUGGCCUCGGAAAUUUUAGGUGACAUAUUGCGGGCAUUUAGGGAGAACCAACAUUUCCAAUUGCCUUUGCAAACAAAGCAGUAUCUUGCAUUACACGUCAUUGCUCAGGAGGAUAAUGAUAGCGAAUACCUUGGUAUUGGUUGUGCAGAAGUACCUCAGGACCUUGUAAUCGAGUACGCUUCGAACCAGGGAUGGUUCGCAAUAUUCUUUACCGAAUUGGGUCUCCAUAACAAGGCUGAACAGCUGCGGGUGCUGGUGCUGGAAACGAGGAAGAAGGUGCUGGGACCCGAGCAUCCGGACACGCUCGUGAGCAUAAGUAACUUAGCGUUAACGUACUUGAAUCAGGGACGGUGGAAGGAGGCAGAACCGCUACAGGUACAGGUAUUAGAGACAAGCAAGAAUGUGCUAGGCGCCGAGCAUCCGGACACGCUCGUGAGCAUGAGUAACCUGGCGUCAACAUACGAGAAUCAGGGCCGGUGGGAGGAGGCUAAAUCGCUAAAGAUACAGGUAUUAGAGACGAGGAAGAGGGUACUAGGCCCCGAGCAUCGGGAUACGCUCGUGAGCAUGAAUAACCUGGCAUCAACGUACAGGAAUCAGGGCCGGUGGGAGGAGGCUGAAACGCUAGAGGUACAGGUAUUAGAGACGAGGAAGAGGGUACUAGGCCCCGAGCAUCGGGAUACGCUCGUGAGCAUGAAUAACCUGGCAUCAACGUACAGGAAUCAGGGCCGGUGGGAGGAGGCUGAAACGCUAGAGGUACAGGUAUUAGAGACGAUGGAGAGGGUACUAGGCCCCGAGCAUCCGGAUACGCUUAUGAGCAUGGGUAACCUGGCGUCAACGUACAGGAAUCAGGGCCGGCGGGAGGAGGCUGAAACGCUAGGGGUACAGGUAUUAGAGACGAUGGAGAGGGUACUAGGCCCCGAGCAUCCGGACACGCUCACUAGCAUGAACAACCUGGCAUGGGCGUGGAAACAGCAGGGCCUACAUUCAAAAGCUCUUCAGUUAAUGGAAGAAUGUGUGCAGCUAAGAACUCGCAUAUUAGGUAAUAAUCAUCCGAAUACGUUAACUUCUAGUGCGGCAUUGCUUGAAUGGCAAGCAGAGAAUUUGGAGAUUAGUAGCUUAGUCGAAGAAAAUCCAGCGGUCAAUAAUAUAGCUAGUUAG